CGACUUUAUUUUGAAAGGUGAGAGCACCGGAUGUGACAUAAGGAACGAGUAGACAAACACAAAUGUGACUGCUACAAUUAUGAGACUCAAACAGACGCUUCGCUGAUAUUUCCCAUCUGAACACAGCUGUCAUGGAGGUGGAGUUCGAGAGGAACCGCUCGGAGCUGGUGGCCAGAGAGAGGAGCGGCCACUCGGCCGUGGUGGAGGACCACCUGCUCUAUGUGUGGGGAGGAUACAUGUCUGUUGCCGGUGAAGAAGUUUUCCUUCCUAAUGACGAAAUCUGGGUGUAUGACUUAGAACAAGGUUCUUGGGAAAUGUUCCAGAUGAAAGGGGAGGUCCCGCCGUCCAUGUCUGGGACCUGCUGCUGCUCCUUGGAUGGUCACAUCUACAUAUUCGGAGGGUGUGAUGACCGGAGUCAGUCCAAUCAGAUCUACUGUGCCAACCUGACAGACGGUACUUACCUCUGGAGAAGGAUCGUGCCUGGCUCGGGCUCCGCCCCCUCGCCCCGAGACAAACUGUCCUGCUGGGUCUAUAACGGAAGGAUCAUCUACUUUGGAGGAUACGGCUACAAAGAGCUGACGGACAUUGACAGUAGAAACCGAAGCUUCAUCGUGGACGAGGCUUCGUGGGUGACAGAUGUGUUUUGGGGUUGGAACAAUGAGGUUCAUAUUUUCGACCCCCAACAAGGCAGCUGGAGCGAAGCACAAACCCGCGGCAGAGCUCCAGCCCCCAGGGCCGCCCACUCCAGCGCCACUCUGGGCUGUCGAGGCUACGUCUUCGGCGGCAGGGUCAUGGAGACCAGGACCAACGAUAUUCACUGCCUUGACUUGGAAACAUGGACCUGGUCAGAAAUAACUCCAGUGACGACAUCACCUGUUGGCAGGUCGUGGCAUUCACUGACUGCAGUUCUGGACGACAGCUUGUUCCUGUUCGGAGGACUCAGCAUGGACUGCAAACCUAUGAGUGAUGGUUGGUUAUUCAACGUUGAGACAAAGACGUGGAGAGAAGUGAAGCAUCCCUAUGGCAACAAGCCACGGUUGUGGCACACGGCGUGUCCUGGCAAAGACUCUGAUGUCAUUGUUUUUGGAGGAAGCUGCGAUUACAUCCUCCUGACAGACAAGGGUCACUGCAACGACGCACUGGUUUUCCAGAUGCAGCCGUACCCACUUUUCAGAAUUUGUGAGGAUUUUAUCGCAAAGAAUGUGGAGACCUGUGAGCUGCUCCGGACUCAGCUUCCUCAUCUCCCGUCCAAACUGCUGAAGUCGCUGCUCAAGCGAGUGUCUUUCUACCGGCCCUUUAAGAAGCAGGGCGUGUAGCUGGCACUCGGAUGCCACCUCUCCUGUUAACCUCUCACUUAUGUGUCCAAAGGUGCUGCGCGAAGAUGAGCCAUUUAUUUUAUUGUCUUAAAGAGGAAAUGUUUAUUUUAGAAUGUCAGCUGAGACAAGCGUAACCCUCUGUGUGCACCUACUUUUUAUCCCCAGUCUAUGCUGUAUUUCAUUGACUCAACAGUGCCUCCUGUGUUUUUGUGACUGUGUCAUAAAACGUUUUAAAA